CAUAUUUCUCAGUGGAUUGUAAGCUUUUUGACCACAUAAUGAUCCUUCCACAUAAAAUCUAGCACCUGCAAUCAGUCAGUUACCUACUGAUCUACAAGAUAUUUAACAUGGCAUUCUGUUGCUAAUGCCUACCUUUUCCAACUUUUGGCCUAAUCAUUCAUUUUCACUUUUUGCUUUACACUAGAAAAUCCUGCACUUAUAUAUAUAUACCUCUUCCCUUCCUCCUUCCUCAAAUUAACUAUCCUGCACUUAUAUAUUUCUCCCUAGUGAAUACAAUCCCACAACAAUGGUUUUGGUUGACAACCAUAAGGAAAAAGAUGGUUCAGCUAAUGGCACUCUAGUUGAUUUUCGAGGAAAUCCGGUUGAUAAAUCUCGUACUGGAGGAUGGCUUGGUGCAGGGCUCAUCUUAGGAUCAGAGUUAUCAGAAAGAAUAUGUGUUAUGGGGUUAUCAAUGAAUUUAGUGACAUACUUGGUUGGAGAUUUACAUCUUCCAUCCUCUGAUUCUGCCAACAUUGUCACAAAUUUCAUGGGCACACUCAAUCUUCUUGCCCUCCUUGGUGGUUUCUUGGCAGAUGCUAAACUCGGCCGUUAUGGAACUAUUGCAAUCUUUGGUUCCAUUGCUGCUGUGGGAGUAACACUGUUGACACUUGCAACAUCCAUUCCAAGUAUGAAGCCGCCUGUGUGUGACUCAAGAUCGAAAGGUCACUGCAUCGAAGCUAGCGGCCAGCAACUUGCUCUCCUCUUUGCAGCAUUAUAUACCAUAGCACUUGGUUGUGGUGGAAUCAAAUCCAGUGUCUCGGGUUUUGGAUCAGACCAAUUUGAUUCAUCAAAUCCUAAAGAGAACAAAGCUAUGAUAUACUUCUUCAACAGGUUCUACUUCUGCAUAAGCCUUGGAUCUUUGUUUGCAGUGACAGUGUUAGUGUAUAUACAAGACAAUGUAGGAAGAGGAUGGGGAUACGGCAUAUCGGCUGGUACAAUGGUCAUAGCAGUAGCUGUACUGCUCGGUGGAACAUCGUUAUACAGAUUCAAGAAGCCAGAGGGAAGUCCUUUGACUAUUAUAUGGAGAGUUUUGAUCUUGGCUUGGAGAAAGAGAAAGCUUUCUUACCCUUCAGAUCCUGGCUUCUUGAAUGAAUAUCACAAUGCAAAAGUCCCACAUACAAAAAUGCUAAGGUGCUUCGACAAGGCAGCCAUUCUUGAUGAAUAUACAGCUGCAAAUGAAAAUAGAAACAACCCUUGGAUAGUGUCAACAGUUACUCAAGUUGAAGAAGUGAAAAUGGUACUUAAGCUGAUACCGAUAUGGUCCACAUGCAUACUUUUUUGGACAGUUUAUUCACAGAUGAAUACCUUCAGCAUCGAGCAAGCUACCUUCAUGAAUAGACAAGUUGGCAAAUUUGGCAUCCCAGCGGGGUCCUGUUCCGUCUUUCUCUUUAUUUCGAUACUCUUGUUUACUUCCAUAAAUGAAAGAGUUACUGUACCUAUUGCUAGAAAAAUCACAGGCAAUAGACAAGGACUCACAAGCCUUCAAAGGGUUGGAAUCGGACUAAUACUAUCCGUUGCUGGUAUGAUAGCUGCAGCUAUAGUAGAAAAACAAAGAAGGGAAAAUGCCGUAAAACAUAAUUAUAGCAUAAGAGCAUUUUGGUUAAUACCUCAGUUCUUCAUUGUCGGCGCUGGAGAAGCGUUUGCCUAUGUUGGUCAGCUUGAGUUUUUCAUAAGGGAGGCACCAGAAGGGAUGAAAUCUAUGAGCACAGGCUUAUUUCUUACAACACUAUCAAUGGGAUUUUUUAUCAGUAGCUUGCUAGUUUCACUUGUACAUAAGGUAACAAAUGCGAGCUGGCUAAAAAACAAUUUGAACAACGGUAGGUUGGACUAUUUCUACUGGAUGCUAGCAGUGCUAGGAAUAAUCAAUUACUUGGUUUUCCUAGUUUUUUCAAUGAGACACCAAUACAAGGUGCAGAACCUUAGCGGUCUUGAAGAUUCGGAAGAAGAGCUCAAGAAUUGGACAGAUACGACUGUUGACAACACGAAAAAGAAUCCUGAUGCUGCAGAGAAACAGGAAGUUUAAAUGUUUUUUUUUUUGGUAGUAGCUUAAACAGCCAGAGUUUGUAUUAUAGGAUUGUAUUCAAUUUACAAUGGAAUGUGUGAUAUUUCUCUUUAUAUACGUAUUAGGUUCUAGGAUCCAAACAAGGGAUUCAAAAAGUAUAUCCUGUGUCAAUGGGAUUCAACACCUUAUUUAUAAGGGGGGAAUUUAUCAUUUUUGCUCUAUUUUCAUUAUUCCAUUGUAUAAAUUCCGAUGAAGGGGAUUCAAUUGAACCCUUGCACCCCUC